CUGAAAGCGGAGAAUACUGAGCAACCUACUAGAGCGUACUAGAAGUAAUAUUUUUGGUUAUAAAGGAAAUAACUGUGUUAUCAGAGUUCGAGCAUUAUCGAACGAACUGAGAAUCGGCUCAUAAAUUCGGAAAACAUUUGAUUAUAGUUCUCAUUUGAGUUCGGAGCAGCGAAAUGAGCGGUCAAAAAGCUUGAACAUGCGCCUCGGCAACACUUGCCUAGCGCUAGGCCUCUGGCUGUGUUUCAACGUCAUUUUACCUUUGGAAUUCGUUCGGGCGGCCAGUAUUUUGGCCGUAUUUCCGUACCGCCUGCCUCAACUGUUUCAGGUGGUCCGGCCUCUGAUGAAGGCGUUGACACAUCGAGGGCACAAGAUCACGAUGAUCACACCCUUGGGAAUGUUCGAGGAUAUCGAUGGUGUUCGACACAUCAGGGUCCCCAUGCUCAACACCCACAUGAACGAUAUGAUUGAAUCGGACAAAUUUCAGGACUUUUUCUCAGACAAAUGGUCAGAAGGAUCGUUGGUCUCUACCGUAUUCCACAACAUAUCUUACGCCGUACUUAGUAACAACGAGGUCCAAAUGAUGCUCCAGGACAGGUCCCAGCACUUCGAUAUGGUCUUGUUGGAGGCGGGUCACAUGGACGCUCUCUACGGACUGGCGGAGUUCUACAACGCCACCCUGAUGGGCCUAUGCUCCGUCCGUAUUAACUGGAAUCUGGAUUACCUAGCUGGAAAUCCGGCCCCCAGCAUUCUCGAGCCUAUCUCCCCAAUGGGGUUUUCUCGGGAAAACUCUUUCCUUAGUCGACUGCACAACUGGAUAUACAUCUCGGAAGAACGUAUGCUGGAAUACUUGGUCAUACGACCUUCUCAACAACGCAUCUUAAAAAAGUUUUUCGGUUAUUCGGCUCAGCAAAUGGACGAACUGCGUUCGCGAAUUUCAUUCUUUCUGAUAAACAACCACUUUAGCAUGGGCCGAGUGAGAGCCAACGUGCCAAAUAUCAUAGAGAUCGCGGGGAUACACCUUUCAGAGCCCCCAGCGCCGUGCAACAAGGACCUUCAGCGGUUUUUGGACGAUGCAGACGAUGGAGUUAUUUACAUAUCGAUGGGUAAUGAAUUAAUAGUAAAGUAUCUGCCUGAAAGUCUACAGUCGACGCUGCUGCACAGCUUUUCCCAACUAAGACAAAGAGUCGUGUGGAAGACAGGAGACACCACUACAUUUAACCAAACGGGAAACAUCUACAGGAUUUCCCAGGCUCCGCAGCGGACGAUUCUCUCCCAUCCCAAUGUCCGGCUCUUUAUCACCAACGGAGGACAACUAAGUUUGAUAGAGGCGAUUGACAGCGGAGUUCCGAUGUUGGGGCUGCCAUUCUUUUUUGACCAGUUUAGUAAUAUGCAUCGAAUGCAAUUGGCCGGCACAGCAAAGGUUUUGGAUCUCAAGUCUUUAAGUUCAGACCUUUUAACCAAUACUAUUCUGGAGCUUAUCGAUAAUCCCAAAUACAGUCAGAGUGCUAAGGUCAGGGCGCGACAGUUUAGGGACCGCCCCACGCGUCCAUUGGACACCGCCGUCUGGUGGACGGAGUAUGCCUUGCGGCAUCCGGACGUCUCCCACACCCGCCUAAACCAGGAUGAGAUCCCUCUUAUGCGGUAUUACCGUAUGGACAGCCUUUUGUCGAUGGGUCUUCGCUUUGGAAUCGCUACUAUUUCGGUGAUUUGGAUUAUAAGUUGGAGUAGUUGUAAGAUAAUCAAAAGAAUAAGACAAGCGCCAAAAAAGAAAGAAAUAGUCCUGGUCCACAUCAACACACCAUUAAAUAUAAAUCCCAUAACAUAA